AUGGGGAAUCCAGGCGCUUCUCGACCGCCCUCAUAUGCUUCGGAGGAUGGAGUUGACUACGUUGUGGAGGCUAGGCCUCGCUCCAUAGCACCUGCCGCAAUGAUGGAAAUGCCCACGCCUCAGCCCGUCCACCCCUCGGAGGUGGGGCGGCUGAAUGGAAGGCAAGCUCCAUGCUAUAUCACGUGUCGCAAACGUGAUGGUGGAGUGAUUACCCACCCCACAACCAUGUCGAGUCGAAGCGACCCCUCCCCCCGGUCCCGGGGCAGGCGCACGGUGCCUGGCCCUCAUACGCCAGUCACAGGAGAGCACCAGGAACGAGGUGUCCACCACGAUGGAUCUGUGCCUCUCCUCUUUUGGACCUUGGGGCACCCGGCCUGUGGUCUGCGUCUCUUCACUCGCCCAUGCCCUUCUCGCUCCCCUUUCCGCUUCCGCUUCCACCAAACAUCGUCACUUUCUUGA